CCUAAAAAAAAUAUUUUUUUAGAUUUUAUUAUACGACUUUGUCGGCUUUAUUGUUUUGUAUAUCCAUGCCAAAUUUCAGCUUUCUAGCACUAACGACCACGGAACAAAGCCUUGGACAGACACACAGAGAGACGGACAUGGCGAAACUAUAAGGGUUCCUAGUUGACUACGGAACCCUAAAAAACACACACACAGAGACACACAUAAACUAUCGCAAAACUGACAGAGAUUAACUUUUCUUAACUUACAUACUAAUUUACGACCAUUAUACGCAUGAUAAACUAAAAUCAAUCAAUAUUUGUUUAUAUAAGAGGAUGUCAUUCAUAUAUCGUUGGUAACGUAGCAACGUUUAUGAACAUGGGCUCUUCUCUUUGUGUCUCGGGGGAUAAAAAUGUAAAUAAUGAAGUAGUGGUAUUGCAGAGUAUGAUUGUGCUGUACUGGGUGUGGAUCGUGUUCACGCUGGUGUACGUUGCCAUGAUGGUGGUGGCGCUGCUCGUGAUGCUCAUCGGCUUCAACACGCUGCGCAUGCGCGGCGUCGCGCUGAUGCCCCUCGUCGCACUCCUCUAUUACAUACUGACGCUGUACUUCAUCUGCGUGGUGAACACCCAUCGGCAAGAGACGCAGCGCGCGGGCUGGGUGCUGGCGGGUCCGGGAGCGGGCAGGGAAGGCAGCGGCGCGUCUAAUGCUUCCACGGAGGCGCUGCGAGAUCCAACUGCAACAACAGCCGUCACGAUGCCAACCACCAGUGUUCCGCGUCGCGGGCGCUGCGUCAUCCCGUCAGUGAAUCCGGCUCACGGCGCGUACUACGGCGUGCUGCCCAACAAGAAGUUCGCGCUGCCCGACCACAGCUACCCCCGCCUGCGCCUGUGGGUGGCCUGCGACCAGUACCACCGGGCGCGCCACCUGCGCUACGCGCUCUGCUACAGCGGCGGCUGGAACCUGCCGCUGCCGGACUGCGUGCGCGGUUAGCACUAGCACACACUUACAUUCCACCACAAGAAGGUGGAUAGCAGCUCAGUCUUAUAAACCUUUAUAGUUUCGGCGACGCGUAUCUAACACCUUUGAAGCACCAACCCUAUAUAGUAAGGUGAAAGCUUUAAGUACGGCUAGCACGAGUUUGACACUGACAUAUACGUUAACGUUUGCGUACCUUACUUUCUAUACACUCGCUCGCACUAAUAUCCCAGUACACGUAGAGUAAAUGUCGUACAAAGCGAGAUCUAUAGAAAGUAAAUUACGCAAACGCUGGCGAAUAUGUCAGUGUCAGGUCAAUGUUAAGCUCGUGGUAAGCAUACACGUGGGUGUUAUUGAAUACCAGGCAGCCUUUUGUUUUUGGGUCCCAUUUUUGCGGAACCUAAAGAAGACCGGUGUAUAAGGUUUGGUUCGGAAAACCAGCAUAUUCAACUCCCACUCCUUUUGUUCUACCGACCUUUUGUAAGCGGAGUAUAUACAACGCAGUUAGAGUCAGACAGAUAAGUUGGCAUCGAUGUUAAUAGCUCAGACGGUGCAAGGUGCAAGUGUCAAGUAAACGUCAUUAUAUUAUAAAAGUUUGAUGUUUAAAAUAACUCGUGCUCCGUCUGGGCUAUCAAAAUCGCUGCCAACUUAUCAUGGUUUGACUUCAUAAGCGACGAAAGAGCUUAUAUACGUUCACCAUCACAUUAACCUUAAUAAUAGGGUCG